AUGACAGACGCCUGGUUCGAAAACAGCAUAGAAAAGUCCGGCCCCGACGGCGAAGGCUGCCGUCACUCAAAAGCAAUGACAUCAAAAAACUACCUCCGCAACCUCAUCCCCGUAACCGCUGCUGCCGAACAAAUCACUAAACCGACAGAGGACUGCGCAUCUCCAGGUAUUCCUCUGCUAUACCUGUGGGGUCUGCUUCAAUACGCCGCAAUCGAGAUUCCAGGCUGUCAAAGCAAGAUUGUGGAUUUGUUACUCGAGAUACAAAAUCGACCUGAUGUGCAUAUUACAGAGCAACAAAGGGAAGGUGCGCUCAGUGACUCUCAAUGGACACUGUGGAAACAUUUACCGCAUUUUGGACAUGAUCGGUUUCGAUUUGAAUUGGUGGAUACUGCAGACACAAAAGUAAGAAUUGCAAAUAUUGCUUGUGCGGAUGCUUUGUUCGCUGUUUCUGGUAUCUUUGGAGACAGGAAGUGUGUAGAGGGGUUGGCGAGGUUGGCAGAUACACUUGAGGAUGAAACUGCGGUGUUGGUUAUUGAGAUGAUCGUAGUCAGGGGGUGGGUGGAAAAUGCUGGGGAGGUGAUGUUUGAGAUGUGUAUAAAGGAGUUGCAGGAUUAUCGUCUGUGCAACGCGAAAGAGUUGUCAGAGGAUGGUGGAAAGGGGCAACGAGAACUUUGGGAGGGAGAGGGUGGUGCGAGUUUGGAGAGAUGGCGGUUCUGGAAAGAGAGGUUGGGAGAUAUCGAGAAGAAUGUCGAAUUGGUGGAGGAAACUAGAGAAGCCGCGAGGGUCUCACGAGAGAUCAUGGAGAGGUAUUGA